CCGGCGCAUAGAUGCACGUGCAUAGAAAGAGAAGGAACGGCGGCGCGGGGUGGUUGGUGUGCAGCCAGACAGCAGCGGAGACGGCAACAGCGCGCGGCCGCUUCAUCUCGCGAGAUCGCAGCGAAACGAACGAACCAUGAGGUCGCCGGCGACCGUCUGCCAUCCCCACUUCCAGCGGACACUCUAAAACUUGGGCGAAAUUUGUAUGCAACGGCAGCGCAACCGGCAAAUGUUGUUGCUUGGGCCUCGUCUUCUCCGCUACCGUCGUCGUGCUAUGCUCCUUUCUCAUCGUCGCUACCAGCAGCAUCCGCGCCACCAGCACCAAAGCCGCCGCUCGCUCUUUGCCGUCGUCGUCGUCGCGUCCGCCACCCAGUGCUAGUGCCCCAUGUGUACACCAGUGUAGACCAGUGCACCCCACGCAGUGACUCUCACACAUCAUCAUCCAGUGCUCCAUGACAAAAACAAGAAAUGGCCAUCAAUUUUUCGGCAUCGUUCGCUGCCUGCCUGGCUGCUGGACUCAAAGUGCCGCGCCAAAUUAUGUAUUGCAUCUCCCAAGAUACCGCCGCUCCUUAUGUACUUUACAAGGACGGCAUGGACCGAACCCAAGGUCAGUGGGGUACCCAGGAUGCGUACCCUCCACCACAGCAGCAAACAACAGUUGGUGCAGGCAGUCCCCAACAAGCUCUCGGUCCCACAGUUCCCCUGGGUAUCGAAGCAGAUACAGUUCCACCUAGGGACCAAAGUUUACCAUCUCCGGCCCCUUCGCCGUAUCCAGCCACUCAGGCGGAGCCUAGAGAGGAUGAAAUACAACCAGACCAACCUACAAUGGAUCUACCACCCAGACCUGCAUCGUGUUUUUCUACCGAUUUGCAACAGCAACAGCAACAGCAAGCGUACCAACAGUACGCAAGAGCGCCACCACCGGCUGCUCCGCCUCCUGUACCACCACACAUGCUGGGGACCGGGAGCUUUUCUGCCCUACAAUAUCUUAAACAGCCCGGGGUAAUGCUAUCCAGCCUUGGGCCAGACGGUCAGAGUCACUUGGACCAAUAUAACAUGCAGGAUCUGCGUUCGGCCACUUUACCAGACGUAAUACAGCAGCACCAGCAAGGGGGCAUGAAAAAGCACCAAAACGGGCUAAGCGGCGAGCUAAGAUUGUUCAAAUGUUUAACAUGCGGAAAAGAUUUCAAGCAAAAGUCGACGUUACUACAGCACGAGAGAAUUCACACGGAUAGCAGGCCAUACGGUUGCCCGGAGUGCGGCAAGCGGUUUCGGCAGCAGAGCCACCUCACCCAACACCUUCGGAUCCACGCCAACGAGAAACCGUACGCGUGCGUUUACUGCGAAAGGACGUUUCGGCAGAGGGCCAUUCUGAACCAGCACCUUCGUAUCCAUUCCGGUGAGAAGCCCUAUGAGUGCCCGGAGUGCGGAAAACACUUCCGGCAGAAGGCCAUCCUCAACCAGCACGUCCGCACACACCAAGAUGUGAGUCCACAUUUGGUGUUUAAAAAUGGCAUAAAUCCAACCCUAUGGCCUCAGGACGUACCUUUUCCUCCAGAUGAAGGUAAAGAGGAGGUAGCUUCUACUUACGGAGAUGGGGAUGAUCAGAAUCGUGGUUGCUUUUCACCAAACGGCGCAAUAAGCAAUCUUCAAUACCCUGCCUAUUUUAAAGACGCAAAAGGUAUGAGCCAUUCAGUUUUCGGCUCUAGUACCAACUUCGGAGCGCUGCAUUACCUAAACAAAACCCAAGGAAAAGGUUUGCCGGAUGUAAUACAGCACGGAAGGUCGGCAGGCAUGCCUCUCUACGUAAGAUGCCCAAUAUGUCAGAAGGAGUUUAAGCAAAAAUCGACGUUACUACAACACGGAUGUAUACAUAUCGAGUCGAGGCCGUAUCCUUGUCCGGAAUGCGGCAAGAGAUUCAGACAGCAAAGUCACCUGACACAACAUUUGAGAAUACAUACCAACGAGAAACCAUACGGUUGCAUGUACUGCGGCAGGAAUUUCAGGCAGCGCACUAUCCUGAACCAACAUCUCAGGAUACACACAGGCGAAAAGCCGUACAAGUGUGCGCAGUGCGGCAAGGAUUUCAGACAGAAAGCCAUUCUAGAUCAGCACACUAGGACCCAUCAAGGAGACCGUCCGUUUUGCUGCCCGAUGCCAAAUUGCAGGCGGCGCUUCGCAACCGAGCCAGAGGUCAAAAAGCACAUCGACAACCACAUGAACCCUCACGCGGCCAAGACGCGAAGAGAUUCGACCGGUUCCGAUGGGAAGCUCCCGACCAACGGAAUGCUGCCCAGAGGCUUGACGCCAACAACAGUCGUGAAGCCGGAGCUGUACUUCCCACAGUGCUACGCUCCCAGCUUCAACCCGCCGACCAGCGUUGCUCAGUUUCAGUCGCCCAACCCCGAAUUCAAGCCGCCCAACGGGCUUCCGGCCCAGUGACUAACCGCCAGCUGGCAACUUGGUCCUUGCAUUGGGUGACCCGUUGCCGGUGUACAAUCUUGUCGACCCAAUCUAGUUGCGUAAAGGAUGGAUUCAUGGACGGUUGGAUUCUCUCUGGCCGAUCCUUUCGGGUGAUACAUACAUGUAGCUGGUAUUUUUUUUGUGGCGAUCUCAAUACGUUGCAAAUGUAUUUUUGCCGAGUGAUUUCCAAAUAAUGGUGCUGGAGAUCUAAUUAAACAGGUAACGCAUCCAAAAAAUACCAGAGGAAAAUAAGUACUGGCAUCCGUUUUAAAAUUACAACAAAAUCUCUCCAAAUUCGUAUUUUUUUCUGGAAAAUUGAGGAUGGGUUUCUGUGGCUCAUGGUCGCUUGUAAGGGGGAACAUGUCACACUCGAUAAAUAUACAUACUUAUAAAUAUAUGUAAAAUGUAAAAGUAUUUUAAAUUUUAUUCAUACUAUGUCCGAUUCACUUAGUGGCAAUACUUUUAAGCAAAAGUACUUCAAUAAGUAUAAUAUAUUAUUGUUGUAGUUAGAUAUUACUAUUAUGUGAUCUCUUUAGUGUAAAACUGCAAGAGAAAUGGACGGAACUGUUUGACGGGUUCUAACUACAUCAAAGUCCUUGGGAAAAGGACCUCACAAUAUUUUUACAAAUAACAAUACAAUACCUACAAAUAACAAAAUGACGGUUGUCGAAAAUAUGCCCACAACGUUUUUAGUUCAAGUCACAAGUUUUAGAAGCAGCUUUUAUGAAACAUUUUUGUUAGUAGGUAAUUAUCAGAAACAGGAUUAGUUUAACAAUUCAAUACAAUGUUUUCUGGAACUUGUGAUCUUCUUCAAUUAAUGUAAUAUACAAGUAAUAUUUUUAUACUCAACAGAUGACUAUAUCCAU